UCGACAACUAUUCCACUCCCCCCCAACAUUACCAUUGCCCAAGGUCAGCCGCACGAACCGACCGGGGAAGUUGUCGCCACGACAGGCAAACCACCGUAAGGGACACCGGGGCUCGGUUUCCUUCUCCCCGUGUUUACCGCACCAACAUGGCGGCCGGACACCUGCCUUAGCGACUCCACACGGCCGACGAGACGGAGCGAAGGUCGCCUCGACAGCGGCUGCAGCGCUGGUGCAUGUACGAGCGAGACUUUGGGAUAAGUUCGUGAGCCUUCCGCGGCACCAUGAUCGCCAACUCGGGGACUUACGCCAACAAGAAGAGGAAGAAACCCGUCCUCAAACAAAAAAAGGUGUCCCGCAGUAACGAGGUGGUUAAAUCCAACCCGUCCAAGCGACACCGGGACCGGCUCAACGGGGAGCUGGACCGGCUAACAGAUCUGCUGCCCUUCCACGACGAUGUCCGAUCCUGUUUGGACAAGCUGUCCGUCCUGCGCCUCAGUGUGGGAUACCUGAGAGUCAAGAGCUACUUUAAAGCUACGCUCAAGAACAGCACCGGGCCGGGCUUUCCUGCAGCUAAGAAGUCCAAUGGGGACACUUUGGAAACCACAGGACUAUCUGAGGGAGACCUGCUGCUCCGGGCACUCAACGGCUUCGUGCUGGUGAUCACGUCUGAGGGGGUGGUCUUCUACGCGUCCCCCACCAUCAAGGAGUACCUGGGCUUCCAGCAGUCAGACGUGGUCCACCAGAGCGUGUUUGAGCUCAUCCACACAGACGACCGCGGGAUCUUCAGGCAGAACCUCCACUUUGCUCUCAACCCACCCGACUUGGAAGUGGAACGUUUGGAUGGAUGCACGAGGACAGAGUUCUACAAUGCAAACCAGCUUCCGCCAGAGAACUCGUCCUUCCUGGAGAGAAGUUUUGUCUCUCGCUUCCGCUGCCUCCUGGACAACUCUUCCGGCUUCCUGGCUCUGAAGUUCCAGGGCCGCCUCAAGUUCCUGCACGGCCAAAACCUCUUCAGGGACAACGGCGCACACGCCAAACCGCAGCUGGCGCUGUUCGCCGUGGCCACGCCCGUGCAGCCGGCGUCCAUCGUGGAGAUCCGCUCCAAGACGCUGCUCUUCCAAUCCAAGCACAAGCUGGACUUCUCGCCCAUGGGCAUCGAUGACAGGGGGAAGAUCAUUUUGGGCUACUCGGAGGUGGAGCUGUGCAUUAACGGCUCGGGCUACCAGUUCAUCCACGCCGGCGACAUGAUGCACUGCGCCGACAACCACCUGCGAAUGAUGAAAACCGGAGAAAGCGGCAUGACUAUUUUCCGCCUCCUCAGUAAAUCCGGAACCUGGGUUUGGGUCAAGUCGAAUGCCAAGCUGUUCUACAAAGCAGGAAGACCCGACUUCAUCAUUGCUUACCAGCAAGCCUUAGCCAACGCCGAGGGCGAGGAGUACCUUCGCCGGAGGAGGCUGCAGAUGCCCUUCAGCCUGACGGAGGGCGAGGGGGUGCUGUACAACACCAACCUGACCGUGGACCUCUCGCAGGCGCAGUUCAACAACAACCUCAACGCCGACGCCGGCAAGAAGGCGGAGCCCCCCCGCUCCCUGCUGGACUGCUUCCUCAGCCAGGAGAAGUCCAUCUACAGCCGCCCCCCCGACGUGCCUCUGCCCGUGGACCAGGUGUUCAUGGACAGCCGGGCGCUGGUCAGCGUGCCUAGCAACGGCGUGGUGGUGAAAGAGGAGACCAAGCAGUCGGUGAUGGUCGUCAUCGGCAGCCUGCAGGAGAUGGCCCAGCGCGGCGACUUCGGCGCCGCCUUGGAGGACAUGGAGGUGGGCGAGGGCGAGCUGAUGGAGUGGGAGGAGACCCUCAAGAAGCUGGGCCAGGAGGACGAGCAGCAGGAGAAUGUGCGCUCCGAGCUGGACAGCGUCCUCAUCAACGAGCUCUUCGAACACCUGGACUCUGCCUUGUUCAAGGAGAAGGGGGAAGAAUGCCCCGCUCCUUGCCUGAAGGCGGCCGGCAGCAGCCCCGCGGGAGCCGAGCAGCAGCUGUUCCGGUCGGCUCCCCAGGACGGGACUUACGGACCCUUCAACGGCCUCCCGAGACUUUCCCACUGCGGACCUCUACCCGAGCCGGCUCCGCCUCCGCAGCUCCAACUUCCGGACAUUUUCAGCCCAGAAAUAGAACUGCCACCGCUCACCGUCCCUGAAAGCUCCCGUGGGGGCGGCGCGCCGCUCCAAUUCCCGACUUUCAGCAACGCCUUGCCUGCCAAGCGGCGACUGGCGGCCAUGGUUCCUUGCAGCAACCUCAACAACCCGGCUGUGCCCCUCGCCGCCCACAACCGCCUUCCUCAGCAGUGGUCGCAGGGCCCGUACACGGCACCCCCCGCCAGCCUCACGCACAACGGACACGAGCCGACGCCGUCUCCGGGAAGCCAGCCGUACCCCCGGGCCAACCUGUGGCCGAGUAGCGUCGGCCAGCAGGGGGGGCAGGUGUGCGGGCAGGCGGCCGGUCCCAGCAGCUGCAUGUAUGCGCAGCCGGCGGGGGGCGACACCCUGGCGCUCGGCCAGUCCUCGCUCCACACGGCCGCCCACCUGGACCAGAGUCCCCCUCAGGGCUCCUGCUACUUCCAGUGGGGGCGGAGCCAGCCCGUGGUGGGAACCUCGUCCAUCGGCCAGGACAACACCAACAUCAGUCCUAUGACGUCCAACAUGGCGCUGUCGGAGCUCGCCUUCAACCUCCAGUGCUACCAGGAAUGACGCGUGCAGCAGGCGGACAAGACACUUUCCAAGAACUCUCAUGCAGUAUCGCCCUCGUUUGUCGUCUUAUUUACCCGCUGUCCCAGGAAAAUUCAACGUACAAACAAUGAAGGCGUGUGAGCGCCUUCGCCAGGAAGAACAGCCAAAGAUGUUUUUUUUGUUUUUUUUUACAAGGGAAACCAACAUUGUUGCAAUUUUGCUCAACAACAAAACACUUCAAAUGUUAUAACAGACAGUAGGAAGGGGGUUUAUAUGGUAUACCUGACACAUGUAACGUGACAAAUGUGGGGCGUGCGAUUUCCACUUUAGCCGCCAUAUGGCAGUAGAGUGUUGCCAUUUUCAGCAGACUGCCUUGCAAAAUGAUUCACCCAGAAAUAGGGCCUUAUGAAUCUCUUCCCGACUCUUGCUUCUAAGACAACCGCGCUAAAAUGUUACGCUAAGCUUUGUAUAAAGUGCACACGAUCGGCAUAUCCACGCACAAAAAGAAUACAACGAUGCUAACUACCGAAAUAAUUCAUAACGAUGUAUUUCAAAAGCACUUUUUCUUCGUUUCACAAAACUUUCCUUUGCGCGAGAUACAAAAAAACUCCACGUCGGAACACUCGAAAGGGAAACCUGCGACUGUCCAGGAAAUCGGAACGCCAAUUUAGAAUUCAGUGUCACCAACACAUCGUGAGAUUGUUCGCCAAAAUGGGCGGAGCAAGAACACGUUUUUGGGUGGCGAAAAUCGACGUCACAAAAUAUCGACCGUUUGCCAACAACGAUGGCGUCAAUAGAAGGAGAAUUGUUCGGAUUAAGGUUAGUGUUGCCUUAAAAAAUGAUCUUUGUAUCGAGAAUCUACUCGCUUUAUCAAAUCAUUACUUUCGUACUUUCAGCGCUUGAUUUACGAAAAACAUACAACGGACUGGAAUUGGUUUUGUCACCUUUUGCUCGUCGAGCGUAGCAACGUCUUAAAACGUGUUUUCGUUAGUGCAAUUUUUGUCGAUAUUAAAGUAAUUGGCAAGUAACGUAACGCAGUUAUCCCGAUGUUGGCGUAGCAUUACUCCACCAUGCGUGAUAUUAUAACAUACGAUGUUGCGACUACCACGUUUUGUCCUGAUAUUAAAGUCGUCGGCAAAUAAUGUAGCGCACUCAUUCCGAUGUUGGCGUAGCGAUACCACGCACGAUAUUGUAACAUAAGAUGUUACAACAACCACGUUUUGUCCCGACCCGAUUAAGGACGGUGUUGCCACCAAAAACAGACAUCAUUGUAUCGUUCAGUGGAGAAUCUACUCGGUUUAUCAAAACAUCACUUUUGUAUUUUCAGCACUUGGUUUACGAAAAACAUACAACGGACUGGAAUCGGUUUUGUCACCUUUUGCUUGAGCGUAGCAACGUCAUAAAACAUGUUUUCGUUAGUGCAAUUUUUGUCGAUAUUAAAGUAAUUGGCAAGUACGGUAACGUAACGCAGUUAUCCCGAUGUUGGCGGGAUAACUUUAUCAAAACAUUACUUUGGUAAACCAAAGUAUUUUCAGCGCUUGGUUUACCAAAAACAUACAAUGGAGUGGAAUCGGAUUUGUCACCUUUCGCUCGAGCUUAGCGACGUCAUAAAACAAGUUUUCCUUCGUGCAUCACUGUCGAUAAUAAAGUCAUCAGCAAGUAACGUGACGCACUCAUUCCGAUGUUGGCAUAGCGAUACUCCACCAUGCUCGAUAUUGUAACAUACGAUGUUGCGACAACCACGUUUUGUCCUGACCUGAUUUUAAAAAUAAACAUCAUUGUAUCGUUAAAUUGGAGAAUCUACUCGGUUUUUCAAAACAUUACUUUCGUAAACCAAGUAUUUUCAGCGCUUGGUGUACGAAAAACAAACAAUCGACUGGAGUAGUUUUGACGAUUUUGUGACUUUUUGUUUGAGCGUAACAACGAGUAAUAAACGAACAAAAUCAUGAAACAUGUUUUUGUUAGUGCAUCACUGUCGAUAUUAAAGUCGUCGGCAAGUAACGUAACGCAGUUAUCCCGAUGUUGGCGUGGCGAUACUCCACCACGCCCGAUAUUGUAACAUAUGAUGUUGCGACAACCAUGUUUUGUCCCGACUUAAUUAAAGAAAGGGUUUAAAAAUAAACAUCAUUCUAUCGUUUAAUGGACAAUCUACUCGGUUUAUCAAAACAUUACUUUGGUAAACCAAAGUAUUUUCAGCGCUUGGUUUACCAAAAACAUACAAUGGAGUGGAAUCGGAUUUGUCACCUUUUGCUCGAGCUUAGCGACGUCAUAAAACAAGUUUUCCUUAGUGCAUCACUGUCGAUAAUAAAGUCAUCAGCAAGUAACGUAACGCACUCAUUCCGAUGUUGGCAUAGCGAUAUUCCACCAUGCUCGAUAUUGUAACAUACGAUGUUGCAACAACCUGAUUAAAGAACAUGCUGCUUUUAAAGAUAACAUUUUUUUUGCUUAAUGGAGAAUGUACUCGGUUUUUCAAAACAUUACUUUCGUAAACCAAGUAUUUUCAGCGCUCGGUUUACAAAAAACAAACAAUCCACUGCAAUCGGUUUGGUGACUUUUUUGCUUGAAUUUAGCCGUGAACAAUAAACGGACGACGCCAUAAAACGUGUUGUCAUUCGUGCAUUGUUGUCAAUAUUUAAGUCAUCAGCAAGUAUCGUAACGCACUUAUUCGGAUGUUGGCGUAGCGAUUCCCCACUGUGUGCGAUAUCGUAACAUACGAUGUUGCGACAAACACGUUUUGUCCCGACCCGAUUAAAGAAAGUCUUGCCUUUAAAUACAAAUAUCAAAUGUAUCCUUUAAUGGAGAAUCUACUUGGUUUAUCAAAACAUUAAUUUUGUAAACCAAAUGAUUUUCGGCGCUUGGUUUACGAAAAACAAACAAUCCACUGCAAUGGGUUUUGUGACUUUUUAACGAACAACGCCAUAAAACUCGUUAGGGCAUUGUUGUCGACUUUUAAGUCCUCGGCAUGUAACGCACUUAUUCCGAUGUUGGCGUAGCGAUACUCCACCACGUGCAAUAUUGUAACAUACGAUGUUGCGUCCCAAUUAAAGAAAGUGUUGCCUUUAAAAACAAAAAACACUCUAUCGUUUAAUGGAGAAUCUGCUCAGUUUAUCAAAGCAUUAAUUUCGUAAACCAAAUGAUUUUCGGCGCUUGGUUUACGAAAAACUAUGGACUGCAAUGCGUUAUGUGACUUUUUUAAUGAACGACGCCAUAAAAUGUGUUUUUGUGAGGGCAUUGUUGUCGACAUUUAAGUCCUCGGCAUGUAACGCACUUAUUCCGAUGUUGGCGUAGCGAUAUCGUAACAUACGAUGUUGCGUCCCGAUUAAAGAAAGUGUUGCCUUUAAAAACAAAAAACACUAUUGUUUAAUGGAAAAUCUACUCGGUUUAUCAAAACAUUAAUUUCGUAAACCAAAUGUUUUUUGGCACGUGGUUUACGAAAAACAAUCGACUGCAAUGGGUUGUGUGACUUUUUUGAUGAAAGACGCCAUAAAAUGUGUUUUUGUGAGGGCAUUGUUGUCGACAUUUAAGUCCUCGGCAUGUAACGCACUUAUUCCGAUGUUGGCGUAGCGAUACUCCACCAUAGAAAAUGCGAAAACCAACCCUAAUGAGCACUUGUUCCGACAUGUAGACCCUGGAGUUACGGCCGUUCUCGGUUUUUCGUACAGUGUAUCGAUCCAGUCCUGCGAUUAUCUGGUUGCCGUGCCGACAAUAUUUAACCUUUAAGCUACAUGCAAGCGCUUUUCCUCACUUGUGCCUUCUUGCCAUAUAAAUAUGAAUUAUAAAUAUAUAUAUAUAUAUAUAUAUGUAUGUAUGUGUAUCAUGCUGGGCUUAACAAGAACUUGCUUCGUAGCUCGACCCCGUCUUGAACGUGGCUUUACUGUACCCUGAAGUGCACUUACGAAAACAGGCGAAUCGAACGCCACGAAAAGUGCUUACCUCGUCACUGUGAACUCUCCUUAAAGCGACAUCACAGACAACAUGGCAGCUUUUGACCAGCGCUCUAAGUCAGUCAGUAUUUAGCACAUGUCCGUCAUCGCUCUCUGUCGUGUGUACGUGAAGUGGACGGAGGAAAGAGCCACGACGUCGGAAACCAAUCUCUCGCCAAGGGAUGGCCUUUAGCGGGCGGAGCCACUCCCACCUCCCCCUGCCCCCCCCCCGGAGCCAAAUUGUUGUUGCUUUCUUGUUGUUUGAUAUUAAUCUGCUUUUUGUUGUUGUUUUUAUUCAUUCAAUUUCAGCAUGUAACCCCCCCUUAUAUCGUUAUUAUCACUUCUGAUAAUAAUAGCCAAUGUUGUCUAGUAUACAAUAUUUUGUAAUAAAUCUAAAUAUAUGCCAAUAA